AUGUCCCGGCUCGUAAUCUCUGAUUACCCGGCGGCAACAGCUUCAACAACCGGUGGGCAAACACGUACGACAUCACGACGGCCAACAUCGACACGCUCGCCUGCAAAUGCCAUCUCACGUACUUACGAGUUCGGCAUCAGCGCGACCCCGGUUAUCUCGGGCCGCACCGUCUGGUACCCCGACCAAGGAACGACUCGUUCGUCGCGCUGGACUACAACGACGUGCACGCCGCAAUCGACGCUCAACGUAACGCAGCUGAUCCACGAGUAUGCCCCGCUCACGCUGAAGCAAGGCGCGCGACGUGUAAUUGGUCUCCUCUUCUUCAGCACGCAGGCUUAUGCCUUGGUGGUCGCCGUUAACAGGCAGACUGGUACCGUGCUGGUCGUGAAUACUAACUUUCAAGGGGCCAUCGCGGUGCAGGGGAGAAAUGGCCCUGAGCAGAUUGGAGUUCACGACCGACUAUACUGAGGCUCCAGCUCGCGACCUUGGAUCUGCUGGACUUUCCAGGACGGAGUCUUUGC